AUGCAGAAUAAAGUGUAUGAUGAAGAGACUCUGAAUCAAUUUCAAAAAUCUACAGACAGUAUACAAUCAGACGAAGAAGUUGCAGAGUCCUCACAUGACAUAAAUUCAAAACCUAAGGUGUCAAUGUUUAAUUGGUAUCAAAGGAAGUUAAACUUAAGUAAAAAUGAGACGAAAAAGCGCAGUAAUUCUACUUUUCCUGAUGAGUACGAUCAACAGUCAACAUCCAUUCAACAAGGAUAUGAAAAUAAAAAGUAUAGAAACAAUCAUGCUAGUAUACCGCCAAGUAAAAGUAAGCCAAAUGAUAUCAUGGAAGAAGCUGCACCUGAAGUUGGAAUACAGCACGAGCAGAUGAUAUCCGGGAUCAAAGUGAAACUUCCAGUGAAGCCUUAUUCUUGCCAGAUUGCCGUAAUGAGCAAGCUCAUACAAGGUUGUACAAAAAUGGAAAACUGCCUCUUAGAAAGCCCAACAGGUACUGGAAAAACACUGGCUCUCCUGUGUGGCGUCCUAGCAUGGCACGACCAUCACGUCGCUGAAGUGAGGAAGCAGAUCGAAUCGGGGUGUCGCAAUGAUGGACCGACAACGCGGACUGAAGAGAGUGGGGACCAUCCUGGUUGCUCGGGCAUGAAAUGCGCGGACAAGCUGGAUGAUUGUUCGGAGUAUGGCAAGUUUGAGGACAAGAUGGAGGAGAAAAAAUCGGAUAAAGUGAAGAUCUCGAAGAUAUAUUACGGCACACGAACGCACAAGCAAAUCGAGCAGGUUGUGAGGGAGUUGCAGAAGACUUGCUAUAAGAACAAAAAGAUGACCAUUUUGAGCAGCAGAGAGCACACUUGCAUCCAGGAUUCCAAUAAGAAUAAGACCGAGCUUUGCAACGAGCUGCUGGACCCUACCAAGGCCAAUGGCUGUCCAUAUAACAACGAGCUGAACAAAAGGAACUCCUCGUUUUAUUUCACGGUAAACAAAUUGGGCCCAGUAUGGGAUAUCGAAGACCUGGUGGCCAUUGGAAGGGAGAACAAAUGGUGUCCAUACUUUGGUGCCAGGAAUCUAAUGGAAUUCGCGGACAUCAUAUUCUGCCCUUAUAAUUACAUCAUCGAUCCUGAUAUUCGUGCAUGUAUGCAACUCGAUCUGAAGGACCAGGUGAUCAUUCUGGAUGAAGCUCAUAAUAUCGAGGACAUUUGCAGAGACGUUGCGAGUGUUAGUUUUCGGGAGGAUCACCUCUCAGGUGCUGCAAAUGAGUGUGAAAGCAUCACGAAACAGAGAUUGGAGGAUUUUGCGACUUAUAGUACCCUUAAAUCGUACAUUUUCAAACUAGUGGAAUUUCUAAAAAGCAUACCGUUAAAUAAAGUAGAUUAUAACAGUGACAAUCUUUCGAGUCCGUACUGGACCGGUGUAGAACUGUUAGAAUUAUUUAACAUGCAUGAGCUUGGGGAAUCCACGUAUUCGACAUUCCUGGUGGCUUGCAAAGCGGCACUAGCGGACGUAGAGAAAGAGAGAGAGGAUAAUAGAAUGCUCGUGCAGAAAAAUACGAAACCGAUCAUCUCAGCCGGCACCAAAAUCAUAAUCGAGCAUUUAAUGUUCGCUAUCCGAAUGAUCACCUCCAAGGGACAUGUAAACGAUUAUAGAGCGUGUGUAACUGAAAGUACAGUGAAGGAUUUCAAAAUGGCUACUGACAACACGUGGUUAUCUGCAAAGAAAUUUGAACAACGUGUACGAACCUUAAAACUGUUGUGCAUGAAUCCUGGCGUGAUCUUUUCACCACUUGCUCAGAAUGCCCGCUGUAUAAUCCUUGCGUCUGGCACUUUGACCCCGACCGCAUCAUUUCAAAGUGAAUUGGGCACGUCGUUCGUACACGUGCUGAACACAGGGCACGUGAUACCCAAGGAGCAAGUUUACGCGACCUGUGUGCCAAAAGGUCCAAACGGAAUUAAUCUGAGGGCGAAUUAUCAAGCUGUAAACAGUUGGACCUUCCAGGAUGAACUAGGCCAGGUAUUACUAGAUGUCUGUGAGUCGGUACCCCAUGGAAUCCUUUGUUUCUUCUCCUCCUAUAAUGUCAUGCACACGCAAAUAGGGAGGUGGAAGAAUAAUUCCAUCUGGAACAAGAUCACCAAUGUCAAACAAGUAUUCACAGAACCCCGUUAUAGCAAUGAUCUUACAGCUAUCAUGAAUGAAUAUCGCGAAGUGAUAGAGAAUACUUCAGAUGGACCAAGAGAAGGAAUCACUGGAGCUCUAUUUCUGGCAGUUUUCAGGGGAAAGGUUGCAGAAGGAAUUGAUUUUAAAGACAACGAAGCUCGUUGCGUAGUCACCGUUGGAAUACCAUAUGGAGUAAGAAAAGAUCCUGUAAUUGAUAUGAAAAUAAAAUAUAAUGACACAAAUAGCACGAAAGGUUUGUUAAGAGGUUCAGGCUGGUACUGUAUUCAAGCUUUCAGAGCUUUGAAUCAAGCAUUAGGUCGUUGUUUGAGACACGUUCACGACUGGGGAGCCGUGUUGUUGGUGGAUGAGAGAUUCUUAAUGCAGGAAAACAAGCAAUACCUUCCAAAAUGGGUGAAAACAAUGUGGGUCACAGAAAAUGAAUACAAUUUGAAUGAAAAUCUUCAGAAGUUUGUGGCAAGGCAGAAAGCAAGAGAAAAAAAAACUUUAACUUUGGAGAUGUGUAGCACUUAA